AUGUCUUCCACCACCGCAACUACUCCGAUCCCCGUGUGUGUCGUGGGCUUCGGCAACUCGGCACGCACGUUCCACCUGCCGUUCGUCCAGGCGCUUCCGCAGCUCUUCACGCUGCACUCGAUCCAGCAGCGUCCGCGCACCGCUGCCAACUCGUCGUCCCCCGAUGCCGCCAAGCUCUUCCCGGGCGUGACCAUCAUCCCGGACUUCGACUCGGUGCUCACCACGCUGCCCAAGAACGGCCUGAUCAUCGUGACCACCACCAACGACACCCACUUCCCCUUUGCCAAGCGCGCGCUCGAGGCGGGCUUCAACGUGCUCGUCGAAAAGCCCGUGGCGACCAACGAGAAGGACGUGCAGACGCUCAUCGACCUGCAGAACAAGACGGGCAAGCUGUGUGCCGUGUACCAGAACCGACGCUUCGACGGCGACUUCCUCACCAUCCAGAGCUUGCUUUCCGACAAGGGUACCGAGCCGUCGGCGCUGGGAGUGCCCACGUACUUCGAGUCGCGCUUCGACCGUUUCCGCCCCUACGCCAAGGGAGGCUGGAGGGAGGAGGUCGACCCGGACACGCAGGGCGGUGGCAUGCUGUGGGACCUCGGCUCGCACCUGAUCGACCAGGCGCUCUUCCUUUUUGGCCCGCCCGAGAGCGUCACGGGCUUCGUGCGCAACCAGCGUAACCAGGGCCCUGCGGCGGUGGAUGACGACUGGCUGGCCAUCCUCAACUACCCCUCGACUGCUCCGCUGCCGCCUUCGUCGCCUGCGUCCGGCUCCAAGAUCGGCGGGCUCCGCGUGAGCCUGGGCGCGACGUGUCUGUCGUCGCACGUGGAUGCGGAGCAGCCGCGAUUCCGCGUCGAGGGCACGCGUGGCGCAUACGAGAAGCGCGGCACAGAUCCUCAGGAGAACCAGCUCAAGGCGGGCUGGACGCCUUCGAGCCACCCCGACGAGUUUGGCGUCUACUCGGAGCAGGACCCGGACACCGUGCGUCUCGGCCGCCUCACCACCAUGGUGAGGUCGGACGAGGAUCUGUCGCUGCCCGCACCCGGUUCGGGCGGCGCGGCACCCAAGCAGCCCACGCUGUCCGUCGCCACGAUCCCCACGCUUCCCGGCAGAUACAUCGACCUGUUCGCCUACAUUGCUGCUACGAUCAACGCCGCGCAGCACGCCGAGGCGCAGGGUGCUAGCGUGGCCGAGGCGGUCAGCAGCGUCUCGCUCGUGGGCGUUGAGCGCACUCUGAAUGCCGUCAAGCUCAUUCGCCUUAUCCGCCAGAGCAGCAUCGAGGGCAAGACGCUCCACUGGGCCUAG